AUGAAUGCUGCGGUGAUACAUCCUGCCAGCAAUUGCACCAAGCGGCCACUCCCAAGCCACAACUCUGCUGAUACCUUUCGGCUUUCUCGACGACUUUUCGCUGUUGAUGGGACCUUUUUAAAGGCCCAGUUUGUACUUACUCUCCUUGUUGCUGUUGGUAUUGACGCUAACGGGGAGAUUGUGCUCUUGGCCUGGGCUGUAGUAGAGUCAGAGAAUGGCCCUGCUUGGGAGUGGUUUCUCCAGCAUCUUCGCUGGAGUAUACCCUCACUUGCAGGAGAGCCAGCAACUGUUAUCUCGGAUAGGGAUAAACGUCUUGCUGAAGCUCAGAGAGUCCUUAGACCCUUAGUAGUAGCAGCUCAUUGCUGCUACCAUCUUAAAGGCAACUUCACUAACCGCUUUAGGAGGGCCCUUAGCCCGGAUUUCUAG